AAAUUAACUAGCUGUUCCCGGUUUUUAACCUGUCAUUCCUUUAAACAGCACUAAUUAUGAAGUUUUCCCUGGCUACUAUUGCAGCUUUUGCUGCCGUCUCAGUUUUGGCUGCUCCUGCUGCCCCUGCUGAAGACUGUUCCACUACCGCCGUCCAUGGCCACCACAAGCAUAAGAGAGCUGUGGUUUAUGAUUAUCAAUACGUCACUGUGACCGUUGAUAAUGAUGGUAAUGCUAUUGCUGAAACAACUAGCGUUGCUUCUGAAGCUGCCACAUCCACCCUUGCCGCUGUUGCCAAGGGUGUUGUUGAUAAUGCAUCUUCCUCUUCCUCUUCAUCAACCGCAUCUCCAACCACCACUACCUCCUCAUCCUCUUCAUCAGCUUCUCCAACUACCACUUCUUCCUCUUCCACCGCAGCAUCUCCAUCUGCUUCUCCUUCCAGUACUUCUGGAAGCUCUGGACACUCUGGUUCCAUUUACGGUGACUUGGCUGAUUUUGUUGACCCUACUGAAGAUUUUGAAGAUGGUGUUAUUGACUGUUCCUCCUUCCCAUCUGGUCAAGGUGUCAUUGCCUUGGACCAUCUUGGCUUUGGCGGUUGGUCUGGUAUUGAAAACAGUGACGGUUCCACCGGUGGGAACUGUAAGGAAGGUGCCUACUGUUCAUACGCUUGUCAACCAGGUAUGUCCAAGACCCAAUGGCCAUCUUCUCAACCAGCCAAUGGUGUUUCCAUUGGUGGUUUGUUGUGUAAGGGUGGUAAGUUGUACAAAUCUAACUCUGGCUCCUCCAAGUUGUGUCAAUGGGGUGUUCCAAAGGCUAACGUUGUUAACAAAUUAGAUCAAACCGUUGCUAUUUGUAGAACUGAUUACCCAGGUACUGAAAACAUGGUUAUUCCAACUGUUGUUGAUGGUGGUAAAUCCUUACCAUUGACUGUUGUUGACUCUGGCUCCUACUACACUUGGAGAGGUUCUUCCACUUCUGCCCAAUAUUAUGUUAAUGAUGCUGGUGUCGAUUGGACUACUGGUUGUACUUGGGGUAAUGCUGGUACCGGUUACGGUAACUGGGCUCCAUUGAACUUUGGUGCUGGUUACAGUAAUGGAAUUGCUUACUUGUCAUUAAUUCCAAACCCAAACAAUUACGACUCUUUGAACUAUAACGUUAAAAUUGUUGCUGAUGGUUCUUCCACUGUGAGUGGAAACUGUGUUUACAGUAAUGGUAAGUACAAUGGUGAUGGUACUGAUGGAUGUACCGUUGGUGUUACCAAUGGUGCUGCCAACUUUGUCUUGUACAACUAA